AUGGCAGCGCGAGGCGACGCGCGCGUUUUGUCUCUACUCUUCUCAGCUCGUUCCCGCUGCGCGCCGCAGCCCUGGCGGCCUCCGUCCUACUCCUCCCCAUCGACCUCGCUCCUCUCUAGCCUCGCCACAGAGUUGCCUUGCCUCCAGCAAGAGCGCGGUGUGCCUGGCGGCCUCGCACCCUCCUCUCGAAGCAGCUGCAGACAGCUGUCGACUGCCUCAGCUGGCCGCUCGACGGCUCAAGCCCUCGAGCGGCGCCGCAACCGCGACCGCGACCGCGCCGCGCCCCGCGACGGCCGCGGCGAGGCGCGGGCGUCCUCUCCUGCCCUGCGUGGCGGACUCGAGAGGCCCUCGCGCCGGGGGCGAGGUUCCGAGGACGCCGCGCAGUUUCGAGUUUGCGUAGAAGAACUCCAGGCCGACAGUGCGGAGGGCGCGGCGGAGCCCCGCCGCCUCCCUACCCGGCGACCCCACAAGCGAGGAGGCGCGCGCGGCGCGAGACACGAUGCCCUCGAGGACUUCGGCGCCACGGAGCCGGGCGCUGCGGAGGAAGUGGAGACGGCACACGCGCCGCCGCCGUCUCAGCCCUCUGUGGCUCGCGUCUCGGCGUGCCCUCUGGAGACUCUGAGGCCCGUCCGGGUGCCUCGCAGGGCGGCGCCUUCGUCGAGCGGCCCCGCGCCGCCUCUCGGGGAGGGGAGCGGGGCUGCAGGGGCUCGAGUCGCGCUGCCUGGAGACCCGCGCGCCGCUAGGGCUCCUCUCGCGCCGCCGAGCCCGUCAGCGGCUUCAUCGUCGGCGCCCUGCUCCCCGCCCUGCGCCGGCCGCGGCGGAUCGCGCUCAUGGGGCGCCUCUUCCGCGUCGUUCCCCUCCCCGCCGUCGCGCGACUUCUGCGGCCUCGUCAAGCUCGCGCGGAAGGCCGCGACGGAGGCGUCCCUGGUGCUCCGUCUCGCGGGCCCUGCGCGCGCAGAAAAGCAAAAAGCCGUUGCCCUUCUGUGGGCGCGGCUGGAACGCGAGGCCCUCGGGGAGAGCUCGCUGCUUCCGCUUGAAUUCCUCGCGCCGGCAGAGCUCGCGCUGCUUCUCAGCUGGUGCGCACGCGGCGGCUGCUUCUCCGCGCCACUCUUCGUGAGAGUCGCGGAGAUCGCCGCCCCGCAGCUGCCGCUGUGGCCUGCCCGCGACGUGCAGACUCUCGUGCUUGCCGUCGCCCAGUUUGUGGCGGCGCAGAAGGCGGGACGAAGGGGGGCUCCGGAGAGCCGCGGCGCCCAGGGCGAUCGAGGCGAAGAGAGGCCUGCGGGACGAGGCGAAUACGCGCGAGGCAGCGAGUCCCCGGCGGCUGCAACUGAGAGGCCGCGCCGCGCGGCGGCCACGUGCCUCAAGCCUGACGCCGACGAACUGUCUCUCUCGCUUCCCCCACCUUUUUCGCUGAAGCUUCCCGCAGUGUGUGCAGGUUGGGCGUCCCCUCCCGGUUCGUCUGGGCUCGCUCACUCGCUUUCGGAGUCGACUGCGGCGGCGCUGCCGGCGUGGGCGCGCGUGGGAUGCCUCGUAUUCUCUGCGGCGCUGCAGCACCUUGUCAGCGACGUGACCGCCUAUCGCCCGCGACACCUCCGGAACGUGCUGGACGUGCUCGUCUUCCACGAGGCGCUCAUCUCGCUGGAGGUCCUCGCGGCCCUUCGCGGCGCCAAGGCCGCUUCCCUCGUGGACUCCCCGACUUCGGCCCUUGCACGCACGCCUGAAGCACGCGGCAGGGCGCCUGAGGCUCCUGGGCCCCCUCCUAGGCUCGAGGACGGAGGGACGCGAGAAACCCCAGCGGAGAGAGAAGAGAGAGGUCUUCACGCAAGGCCGAUUUCGCCGCCGGAGGGGCGCGCAGUCCAUCCAACAGAAAGGCUCGCGGACGGACACGCAGAAGAACGGCGAGAGAGGAUGCUGCGCAGUCUGGGAGAAGAGCCGUGUCGUGCGUUGACUGCGUCGUCACCCGGUGGCAACGCGCCACAUCGCCCGCGUCUGCCGUUUCUUCUGGCUGAGGCGCUCCUCGCUCGCGCCCACCUCUUCCCCCCCGCCGGCCUCUGCGAGGUCGCCUUUUUUUUCUUCACGCUAGCCUCACGAGACGCGUCGUCUGCAUGCGAAAAAGCGCUCGACGCGCAGCUAGCGACCCCCGCAUCCGGUUUCUCUCCUCGUCUGUCCGCGGCGUCUUUUGCUGCGUCAGCUGCUCCUGCGACGCCUCGGACGGCAUCGAGUAGCGCGCCGACUCUGUCUGCAGCUUCGCAGGCCUGGGCGUCGCGCUCGGCGGCAUCUGCGCCGUCUCCGUCACUCUCCGGCUGUUAUGAUCUCUCGUUGCUCUCUUCGCAAGUCGCGGCGAUCGUGGCGCAGCGGCUCAUGCAGGCCUCCGCCGGAGAGGCCGCGUCAGCGAAGGGCGAGUUUGGAAACGAAGGCGGCUGCUCCGCGACGCGCGGAGACUCAGGGGCGGCGGGGGGCGUUGCCGCCGCUGCGCUCCUGCGGGUGCCUGCGGAGGACGCGGCCCGCAAGGCGACACGCGCCAGGGGCCGCUUCCCGGCGGCCCUCGCGUCGCCCUUUGACACAGGGCCUCGAAGAGGCGACGAUGAGCAAGAGAGCGCUGAGAGUCACCCCAAGCAUCCGUCGACUGAGGAGGCCUCCGCCCGCCCUGUCGACGGGGAAGCGUAUGCGAAAGCUGCCCACGUGUUUUGUCGGUUGGCAGACGCCGCAGAGAAGGCGCGGGAGAGGGGGAAAAAGAAGAGGAGGCAAAAAGCUGGCGACCUGGGGGGACGAGGCCCAGUGAGGACAGACGGAGCCGGAGGCGUGGAUUCCCAGUGCGACGCGGACGCUCAGUUUUGGCAGGCAUUUCUCAGUGCUUGGCUUCUCCCUCAUCUGAAAGCCGCGCUGGAAGAACAACACAGACAGGCCCGACUGCUCCUUCAGCGCAACGGGCCGCGGCAUGCGCGGGCGCUCGAGUCGCCUUCGCCUCCUUCGCCGCCGCCCUCGGCCUCCGUUCCCUCGUCGCUAUCGUCUGCCGCAUCUGCGUCGUCGCUGCCCUUCUCCCCCACCUACCUGAGCAUGCUCGCGAACGCCUUGACGUUCUGUCCCUCCUCGGCGCCUCUCCCUCCCUUGUCGCCCCCGUCUGCUCCCGCGUCUGCUCCUGCCGCUGUGGCGCCGUCUGCUGAUACCGCUUCUGCGGCGCUCCUCUCGGCGGUCUGGCGCGAGCUGCUGAGUUUGCCUGUGCUUCGCCUCGCGUCGCACGAGUUUCCGCUCCGCUCGCUGUCGCUGACGGCCGCGGCGGCGGCCCGCUGCGGGGCGCUGCGGGAGGAGGAGAAGACGGCAGUGCUGGUCACGCUGCUUGCGCCGGUGCUGCGAUGUCUGGAGCGCGACGCCGGCCGCGAGCGCGCAAAGAACAAGACGCAGAGGGGGGAGGAGCCGGAGGAACCGCUGCGAGGCGCCCAGGGCGCGGCCCGGGCGGGGGAGGGGGCUCCGUCAGAGAGAAAAGCGGCCGCGGUGGCGCCGUCGGUGUGUCUCUCUGAGAAGUUGGUAGCCGACGCAUACGCGACGAUCUUCGCCAAGUCGCCCGCAUCUUCAGGCGCCUUCCACACGCUCCCGGGCCUCGCGCAGCUGUUUCGUCUGCUGUGCGAGCGGGUCGACAGCGCGCUCGAGAGCGUCCCACUCGACAUCCUCGUGUAUCUUCUUCGCGCGUUCUCGAACGUCUACGUCGGUCUGGGCUCCAUCGCGCCGCCCCCCCAGGGUGUCUCGCCUCCUCGCCUCGAGGCGACACCGCCUCCGCGCCAGGCCCCCCAGGGCGACGGCGCGUCUGCUCCAGAAGCGUCUCUGACCAGCCUGCAGGCCAGUCUGGUCGCGCUCUUUCGGCGCGCAUGCAGCACGCGCUUGAGCGCGGCGUUCCUUGGCUCCGCGGUGUCACCCUCCGCGUCCUCAGGUUUGCCGCCUGACUGCGUGAACGCGCUUCUCGCGGCGUGCACGCGCUUCGGCCGAGUGCCUGUCGAGCUGGUCUGCGCCAUCAACAAAGAGCUCACGGGGUUUUCGUUUGCCCCCCCGGUGCCUUUGCCGCAAGCCUCCGCGCGGUCGCGAGACGCCGCGACGGCGCGCAGCCUGCAGACGCCUCCGCCGGACCGACGACCGGAUCUCGCCAGGGCCCGCAGUGCGGUAUUUGGCUCUCUCGCGGCCAACAACCUGCCGCUGACGCACGUCCUCACGGCUCUCUCUGCCCUCUCACGCCUCCCGUUCCGCCUGCGCUUUUCGCCGCAGUGGGACGCUCUCGAACACGCCCUCGUCGCCCACCUUCAGCGCCCCUCUGCCGACGCAGCGGUGCCGUCGCCGUCGACCGCCGCUGCGCCUUCGCCGCCGACAUGCGCGACGGAGUCUCCAGACGCUGCGGGUUCUUGCAGCCUCUCGGUCGGCGACUUGGCUCGCGUCCUUCAGACGUACGCGUAUGCCCUCCGCGAGCCGCCUGUCGCGCUUCUCGCCGCGCUGCCGCCGACUCUCGCGCCAGCGGCGCGGACAUUCCUCGUGCCCCGCACCCCCGCUGCGCCUGGUAGAAGCGGCGUGGAGAGCGGCAGGGGAGGAGUCAACAUCGGCGAAGCGGCGGAGGGCCGUGGAGCACCAGAGAGACCGGAUGCUGAGAGGACUUCGGGGGCGCCAGCCGCGGAAGACCUCAGCCCUGGUUCUGGAGGCGUUGCCGGCGAAGCCGUGCCCCAAGCGAACGGGCUUCACGCCGGCGCCGAGGGGGAGAGAGUCGUGCUCGACGAGGGCUCAGGGUCGCCACGCGAGAGAGCCGCUGGGGAGGACGAGGCAUCUCUGGAGUUGGUCUGUAUGCACACGCGGAAGGCGCUGGAGAGCCUCGCGCGGCUCGACUCGCACACGCGAGGCGUUCCGCGGAAGCUGAUAGAAGCGCUGCCGCGGAGCCCGGCUGCCCAUUCUGAGACGGAGGGAGGAGGAGGCGCGCUGGAGAGACAGCCGGUCGCUCUACAGGUGUAUCGCCUGGAGACGGACCCUUUUUGGCAGCUGACAGACCGCACUCUCUCUGUCUUUACGCGACUUAUCUCCCUCCCUUUCGCGUCGCCGCUCGCCUCGCGACCCUUGCUCCUUCACGGCGCACACUCGCCGAAGGGGACGGGGUCGGCUCCCGACCCGCAGGCCUUCGCCACGGAGACGCCGGCGCUGGCCCCAAGAGGCGGGGCGGUCGCCUCGGCAGCAUGCGCGAGGUCUUCUCUCGGUUCGUCUCUCUGGAGCGUCGCGCGGCUCCAAGCCAUCUGGUUCCCUCACGGUGUAAACACGGUCGGCGACGCAGCGUCCUGCGCCACCGUGCUGCUUUGCCCUUCAGUUUUCUUCGCUGCCCUGCGCUGGUGGCGGACGCUGCGCGCGCUCGAGAGCUUUGAGCAAGCGUGGAUCGCAGACCAUAGGAGACGAGAGGCCAGAGCGCCAGAGAAGUUGUCGACGCCCGAGACGGGUGCCGACAGCCACGGAGGCCCUCGACAAGGAAACACAGACGCGGCGAGCGGCACGCGUGGUGAGAGGGACGGGGACAGUGGUGUCGCGCGGAACUCGAGGGGCGACGCCCGCGGAAAUGAAACCGAAGAGGCCGCGCAGGUCCGGUGGGGUGAGGUGGAAGCAGAGAAGGGCUCUUCCCCCGAAGCUGGGCUCAGCGUGAGGGAAUGUGACAGAGCUGCCUCGUCCUCUCCUCGCCUUUCAGCGGAUGUUGGCAAUCUUUCAGCUGAGACGUACGCGGUGCUGGCGGGUGGGUAUGCGAAGACGUCUGACAGGCUCCCUUCAUUCGACACUGCCUUCACUUCCUUCGCCUCGACGUUCCUCCCACCUGAGUCGGCGCCCUCUGCAUUCCCCCUGAGAGAGCUUGACAACGUCCGAACUGCGCGGUUCCUGUGCUGCAUCGUCACAGGGGUCUUCGAUUUUUUGCUUCCCUCCGGUGAACACUUUCAGCGGGCCGCGCCGCAACUGAAUGGUUUCUCCUCGGCGUCCGCCUUGGGCUCUCCUGCCGCGUCGCCGUCUGCAUCGGCGCGUCCCCGAACUCCCGGCGCAGCUGCGGCUCGCGUCGCGCGCGUGCUGUCUCUAAUGGAGAGCGACGAGGCGCUUCUUCUGCAGUUCCUGCGGGCGGCGGCGGAGGCCGUUCGCGAGAGCGAUGCGCGGCGGAUGCAGAGGGCGCAGAGGGAAGGCGAGCGUGGCGACGGUGCGCCAAGCGAGAGAGGGCGGACGUCCCCGCCGGCGGAGACAGGGGGGGCCUGGCUACAUGACGAAAGCAACUGCAGGCCCCUGCACACCAGGUGCGGCGACAGAGCCGACGACGCGCAACUGACGGCGGUGGAGUGCGGAUUCGACGGAGACAGGCCGGAAGAUGGAAGGCGCCCUGCGCCCAAGCCGCCCCUCCCCUCUGUUCGUUUCCACGACGAGAAGGACGAGGCAAGGUCGCCGGCGCUGAAGCUGCAGAAUAGUGUAGCAGAGGUAAUCGAGGGACUCACCCGCGACUGGGAGAGCCACGGCGACUUCGCGCUCCAGCAAGAAACUCAGAGCAUGCUGUUCACGAUCGACAUUCUCCUCACACCGAGACCGCGAACGGCGCCGACCCCGUAA